AUGAGAGUGUGGAUAUUAUUUAUAUUCUUAUGCACGGCUGUUGCUGCGACGAUAGAUCCUCCAUGGAAGAACCCAGUGUACGAGACAAUGCAAAACAUUACAAAGGUUGUAGGAGCAGCGUACACAACCUACUUUGUCUACGAAGGGACAUUUGAAAAAGAUAUUUUGAUUAAUAAGUUUGUUGAUUGUAUCAUUAUGCGGAUAACUGAUUAUUCCUAUGGGUCCGGAAUUGCGUUCAGAAAAUACCGAGAGCCAGUGGAGAAAAUACAAGAGGAAAUUGGUUUAUACCUCACACCACAAGAAGGGCCGGGAUAUCACGUGAGCAAUUUAAUGAAGGUUGAUGACGACGUAUACCAAGAAGAAAUAGCGAAGAUGUACCUUGUCUACUCCGAUUACUCUACAUGUGCGUUGUUUUACUAUGACGAAGAAGAGGAAUACGAGCUCUGGUUACACCAGAAACCAGACGGCAUUGCCAGUGCUUGUGAACUCCUCCUUGCACUGUUGUCGGAGAAGCCACGGAAUGUAUACUACACGAGCGAUUGCAAAUAA